AUCCACAUCUCUCUCUCACACAUUGACGGAUCCAUUGAAUUAGACUAAAGUUCAUAGAAACAAAGAAAGAACAGUUCAAUUGUUGCCAGUUUCAGAGGGAAAAUCGUAAAUUAUUAAAACACAGAAUCGAUUUUGGUGCCGCAAUUUGAUCUCCAGCUUUGUAUUACAACAGGUACUCUUGAUCUUUCGAAAAGCUGAAGAGAGAUUUUCUGUGUUCGUCCCUCCUCCAAUUGUUGGUUGCUACUUGCUAUUGACUCCACUAUGAAGAAAAAAAGGAGUAGGGUAUCACGUAGACCUCGGGCUAAUGCUGAUGCACUAUUUCAGUGUUAUUUUGGUUGGGUGCCACUUGAAGAACCUUUUGGAAAGCAAGAUGAGAAUGAGAAAAUGAGGGAUACAAUGGUUGCUUCUGGUGGAUUAAGAACUGGCAACAAGCCAAAGAAGCUAAAGCUCAAGCUUGGGGGUGUUACUCAUACUAUUCAUACCAAGUCAAAGACAGAAACUGGCUUCAGCGGUGGUUCUUUUGUAACAAACUUUUCUGAGGGUCCUAAGCCUCAGGAUGAUACAAAUGGUAAUGAUGCUUGUUCUUUUGAUAAAAGGAGAGGCCUUGGUGACGCAUCGCUAAAGCCCUCUAGAACCGAAUCUGGUUUUACAGCAGAGAAUCAUUCUCAUAGAGGAAAGAGAACUGAGCAAAGUGUAAAUGUCAUCCAUGAGCGUGUCCACAAGAGCAAGCGUAUUACUAGAAAAGGUGCCUUGAGUGUGGGAUUUAGUGAUGAGGAUAAUGAAGAUGCAGAACUUCAUUAUCGUGAAACAUCCCAUGCCUCAAAACAAGCUGUUAGUCGCCGCAGAGAUGAUUGUAGAAGUUCAACAGUACCUGGCAAAUUUUAUGUUGCACAGAGAAGUCAGAUUGAUGAUCUCAUAGACCUUGGAACACCAGGGUCAAUUGAAGAUGGUAAGAAGAAAUUGAACUUGGAGAAGAAAUCUGAUGAUUGGGACUAUGUGGAAGAAGAUCCAACAUCAAGUGAUGAAUCAGAGUCAGAGAGAAAAAUGUCAAAGAGGGAGUCUGUUCAUUUAUUUGUCCAAGGAAAAGAAGGCACCAUCAUUAAUCGAAAUUGUUCAGUUGACUCAUUCAAAGAUGUUUUAUCUAGCAUUGUCGACAUCUCAGAUGAUUCGGUUCCCACAGUGUCUAAAAGGAAAAGGGGCAAAUUGUCAGAAAUGGAGCUGCAACUAAAGAAAGCUGAGGCUGCACAGAGACGUAAAAUUCAAUCAGAGAAGGCAGCUAGGGAUGCUGAGGCGGCCGCCAUCAGGAAGAUACUUGGUCAAGAAUCUGGUAGGAAGAAGAAACAGGAAAAGAUGAAUAAGCGCAGAGAUGAAUUUGCUAAGGAAAAAUCUACCAACACCCUCAUUUUAGGAUCAAAUACUGUUCGAUGGACUAUGGGUCCCCAAGGAACAGUAGUGACUUUUUCCGAAGAUAUUGGUUUACCCAGUAUCUUCCAAAUGAUACGUAGCAGCUAUCCACCCCCCAGAGAAAAAUGCGCAGGUCCAAACUGCACGAAUGUAUACAAGUAUCGGGAUUCUAAGUCAAAGCUUCCUCUCUGUAGUCUUGGUUGUUUCAAAGCAAUACGCGAGAAGAUCCAACAUGUGGUUGCAUGCUAGUCCCUUUAAAUAGUAGAAAGGAAGAAAGUAGUUGUAAGAUUUGAUCUCCAACAAGUACAACUGAGGAACGGGUGUUUUCAAAGGAUAUCUAUCUAAAUAAUCAAUACAAAAAUGAUUUCAACUAAUAAACCAUGAAGCUGUUAAUCCCACGUUUAAUCAUUGAUGAGAACGUUUGGUCAAUACAUAAAUAAUGAUAGGCAUAAGCAAACAAUAUGGCAUUAAUUACGGGGAGUAGGAGUGGCCGAUACCGCAUUGUAGAACCUUGCUCACACAUACUAUGUAUUAUCAUAAUUACAAGACAUUAGUAUAAUCGAAAGAUCAUAUAAUAUCACUUCACUUUAGAAGCGUUGGAUAUUCCUACUGACUACACGGGGCUAGGAAUUUUGAUAUUGAAGCCAACAGAGCUAAGAAUAUACAUCUAAGAUCCAUCCAUGAAAACAGCACCAUGUUCCGUAGAUUUAACGAACUUCUUCAGCAAAAGGAACACAAUUGCUAUAGUAAGUCCAAUAGCUGCCAGUGUGAACAAUCGAUCGUCAAGUUUUUGAACCCUUGUAUCUGACUUCUGGAGCAACUGGUUGCUUGAAACGCUGGAUGGAUUCUCCGUUGGAGCUUCAAGUCCUGCAGGGUUAGGAUUAGCAUUGACAGGGAGUUCUUGUUCUUCAACUAUUCUGUCACCUACAUGAUCUGGAAUCCCAUCACCUGCAGGUAAAACCUCAGGAUUUUGCGGAUUAAUCUGGGACUCGGCUUCCUCAGUUUUGGAUUGUUCUUCAGAAGCUUGUGAGGGGAUAUGUUGAGGAACGGGGGGUGCCUUGCUUAGCAUAUACUCGUGUAUCUGGGAUAAGAAGUCAAGUCAGUACAAGAUAUUAUGGAAAGACAGCACUGGAGAAAAAACCAUGAGCAACAUUUACCUCAUCAAUCAAUUUUUGACGUUCAGGGGUCCCAAAUUUUGGAGAUGCUUCCCGUGAUUUAAUGGCCAAGGCAUGCCUCUCUUCUUUUUUGUAGUCUAAUGAGCCAAGUGCACCAUGUGGUUUGGUGGGCAUGAAUGCAACCAGCGCAACUAGAGCAGUCCUUACUGCCGAAAGAAAAUUACAUCAGCCAAGUGAGAACCUUCCAUCAAAUGCAAAAAAAUGAAGCUUCAAUGGCUAUAAUUAGUGGUUGUAACUGACAAGAGUCGCAGGCAUACAUACAACAUUACAGCCUGGAGUAAGAUUGUGUAGUCGAUGCAAAAAAAAAAUAAUGUAAAUGAUGGAAAAAACAUAUGUACAGUCCCAUUCUACAUGUACAAACAUAUUUUGAGUGAAGCUAAUUAAUU